AUGAGCAGUAACAUAGAAAACGAUAGAUCAAGCUCAACUGGAAAAAUGUAUCCUAUAGAUUUAGCACCACAAAAGGUUACUAUUGUAAAGGGUAUGUCCAAUACGGAGGUAAAAAUGGCACAUUUAAUAUCCGGUCAACCGAAGACAUCUGGUACCGGACAGUUAAUCACUCAUGCUGGUCCUGUUGGCUUAAUGCGUACAGCUGCACAAAUAAUAACUCCUGGCGUCUCUUCUCAGCCUCAGAUGAUUGUUAGCGGACCACCGAUCAUACAAGGUACUCAAAUAGUUAGCCAAGGCUCUCAGUUAAUAGGACAAACAUCACAGAUCAUAUCACAAUCACAGUUAUUAAGUCCAAGUGGCCAGAUAAUAAGUCCAGGAACUCAGAUCAUCAGCCAAGGAACCCAGUUGUCUGCACAAGUUUCAAAUUCAAACAAUUCUGUGUCUAACAACAAUAUACAAACAAGUGUGUCGUCACCUGUUAGUGGAACUCAGGUGCUGAAUGUUGGUGGUCAAUUAGUAAGUGGAUCUGGUAACUUAGUAGUCAGCUCAUCUGUGAGAACACUGCCACCUAGUGUUAGAGUGCUCCCCCCUCUUCCACAUCACAACAGCAGACCAGUUUUAUCAAGCGUCAAUGUAAGUACAGCAAGUGGAGUAUUAGUGAACAAAGGGGUAACAAGUCAUGUACCAAGAGGAUUGGCUGCUGGUGCCUCACUUGCAGUACGCCCUGUCACACCUUUAGCUGCUUCACAAUCAUCUGCAAACCAAGGUGGUGGUGCUUGGUCCAGCAGUGGGCGAGGUCGAAGUGCAUUAGUAUACGGGAGUCGCGGGUCUUUGCCACGUAGUACCACACCCCGUACCCCAACUCCUACACCUGCCUCCCCUACACCAGCUCCUGUGUCAACGCCCACACCACAGCCGAGUCAGUCUCCACACUCAACUAUCAUCACUUUACCUAGUAGCACUGUUCUCACAUCAAGUGGUGUGAUAUCGAACACUGUACGCGGUCCCGCCCCUCGGACUACAACACCGACGCCGAUCCCCACUGCUGCUACACCACGCCCGUUGCCACUUCUGCAGAGGAAUUAUCAGCCCACUAAGGUCGUUGGAGUUGCUAGCGUGGGAGUCAGAGGUGUAGUUGGCAAUAGUGCGCCAUCGCAGUUAUACUAUGAAGUUCCCCGUGGCACUCAGCACUCUUUGCCGCAACAUCAAGCUCAGCAUCAAGUGCAACACCAAACACAACUCCAAGUCCAACAAGCUCAGCACCUGGUUCCACAUCAAGCCCAGCACCAAGUUCAACAUCAAGCUCAGCAUCAAAUUCAACAGCAGCCCCAACUUCAAGUGCAACACCAAGCUCCUCAGCUCCAAGUUCAACAUCACACACAGAUUCAAUCAUUACCACGUCCUCUAACGCCUUACGCCCAUACCCAGCCAUCUGUGCAAGUGAGUGUUGUAAAUACCUCUCAAGCUCCGACUGAAAACCGUCAGUUGCCUACGUCCGUUCCCAAUUCAACUGUGCUUCCAAGACCAUCUAUAUUGAGAAAACGCGAAAUUGAUGGUUCGCCGUCGAAGUUGGUGAGCGGUGUGGUGACGGGCGGUGGCGGCGGGGUGGCGUACUGCGCGGGCGUGAGCGCGGGCACGCCGGGCUGGGAGGACGUGCCGGCGGGCGCGCCGGGCCCGGGCUCGGGCUCCACCACCAUGUCGGCGUCCUCUGAGCCGCCACACGACGAGCCCGAGCCGCAGUGCCCGCCGCACCGUCCGCCGCCAGACCUCUCGCCCAGGAAGAAGCCCAGGAAACAGAUGUUGAGUAAUGAAGUGCGGCAGUGCGAGUUUACAGCAGAAGAUGCACCACCUACGCCGCCUACUCCAGUAAAUCCUAUGCCUAAACGCGCGACGCUGGGCUACGUGUGCGGCUGGCGCGGCACGGCGCUGCACUUCGUGCGGCCAGCGGACGUGCGGCGCCGCGAACCGCGCGCGCGUGACAUCCUGGCCAUCGCCAGUCAGCGCCAUGUGCUCACCAGCGCCGAGGGCUGGAAGCUGCACCACCUCACCGCGCAGAUGGACGACCUGGUAUCACUGGAAGCGGACGUUGGUGAACAGUUGGACGGCGUCUUGAGAGCCCUUGAAAAUGCAUCUGGGCGGGCUCUGACUGCGAUAAAGCCCCAUUCACAUACUCUACUAGAACUCAUUAAGGGUAACAUUCAAAGAAGUAAGAUUGUUUGUGAAGGUAUACAAGAAGCACGCGAGGACAUCCUUCGAGUAUUUAAGCAUAGAAAUUUUGUGUCUGACAUUUUAACCCGACAAGCAGACAAAAGGUGCUUCAGGAAGCAUCGAUCACAGUCGUAG